AGCGAUGAAGACAGCGGAAGCGAAGAAGCGGGAGAAAUAGGUAAUCUUACGCGUCGGCAACUACUAGCAGAAGCUGAGGUGCGAUGCCAGCUACCAUCAGCAGAUGGGGUCCUGGAAACCGUAGAUGGAAUUCCAUUUAUAAAUCAGGAUGAACAGGAACAACAGCCGUCCGCGUCUCAGUCAAAUGAACCACCUGCAAAAAAAUCUAAGACUAUUGUCACGAGGAAGUGGAGACAAAAAGAUAUAGCUGCAAACCCUGAAAGGGAGUCGAUGCAACCUGAUUUCGUUUUAGAUAAGGAUAAUCCAUUAGAUUUUUUUGAGAUGUUUUUUGACGAAGAAGUUUUCGAGCUCCUGCGGUCUAGCACGGAACAAAAUGCAAUUGCAAAAGGACAUGUCAAUUUUCGAGUCACUGUUGAAGAAAUUAAAAACUUUAUCGGUAUUUUGCUUUUGUCAGGCUACAAUAGCGCUUCACGCUAUAGAUUAUACUGGGAUCAAAGUAUUGACACUCAUCAUCCAGGAGUUGCAUCAUGCAUGACUCGUAAUCGUUUUGAAGAGCUUUUACGUUUUUUUCAUGCAUGCGAUAACAACCGCCUACCUUCUGACGAUAAGUUUGCAAAAGUAAGGCCACUGUGGAAUCUUAUGAAUGAGAGAUGGCUAAAGUUUUAUCCCGGAGACAAACAUUUGUCUAUCGAUGAGUCUAUGGUACCUUAUUUUGGAAAACAUGGCGCAAAACAACAUAUUCACGGUAAACCAAUACGUUUUGGCUAUAAGAUUUGGUCACUGUGUACACGAUUGGGUUAUCUUAUUUAUGGAGAACCUUACCAAGGAGCUAAAACUGGUAACACCAAUCCAAAUCUAGGCGUUGGAGGCUCUGUAGUGACAAAUUUGAUUUCGAAACUGCCAAGUGAUAACCACUACAGUUUCUAUAUUGAUAAUUUUUUCACUUCUUUACGUUUACUAGACGAAGUAAGUCAGAUGGGUCAUGUUAUCACUGGUACAUUACGUGCUAAUAGAACAGAAGGUGCCCCGCUAAAAGACAUCAAGGAGAUGAAAAAGACAUCACGGGGUUCGCACCACCAAAUUACGGAUUUAUCAUCCAACAUAACUUUAGUGCGCUACAACGACAACAACAUCGUAACUAUUGCCUCAACGGAAAGCGGUGUUCAUCCGAUUGGUAAGGUGAAGAGAUGGUGCGGCAAUAAAAGAGUAGACGUAGAUCAACCGCAUUGCUAUCUAUUAUAUAACAAAUAUAUGGGCGGAGUCGAUCGACUCGACCAAAAUGUUGGAAAAUAUAGAAUUUCAAUAAGACUGAAGAGAUGGUAUUGGCAAAUGAUAAUGUUCCCCAUAAAUGCCUGUGCUAAUAAUGCUUUUCAGUUAUACCGAGUUUCACCAGCAGGCCAAGCUAAAGACGCUCAUGAUUUCUUGUCUUUUACAAGAUACAUUGUGCAGACUUAUUUGAUACUUGGCAAACCUUCUACAUCCAUAGCAAAACGCAUUGGAGGCAAGACACCGUUAACUACGAAAAGUAAGCUGCCAGAUUCGGUAAGGCUGGAUGGGAAGGAACACUAUAUCAUUAGAAACGAAACUCAAAUUCGAUGCCGCGAAUGUCACAAUAAUACGAAAUUCAAAUGCAGUAAAUGUGGAGUUGGCCUCCAUCAACAUUGUUCUCAAGCUUUUCAUACCAUAAAGUAA